AUGUAAGAAGACACAAAUUAUACCUUAGAAACAAAUGAGAGUAGAACCGAAAUAAAAUUUGAACAAGAUGAGAAAAUUAUAGUUAUUGUAAUCAAUCCUUCAAAGAUUGAAUCACAAUUUUAAGAUUAUUUUUAAUAGAUGAAAAAAAUGGUUAUAAAGUACCUAGAUAUGAAUUAUAAUCCUUGUUUGGAAAUUAAGUAUUCUAGAAAAAAAUUAAAAAUUUCUUCUGGUUCAAUUAAAGAAAUGCACAAUGAUUAAAGAAUUGUGAUGUUUACAAAUUAAUUAGGACAGUUAAUGGAUACUUAAGGAAUAUGGACACAUGUGAAUAAAGCAAACUGCUCUUUGAAUAUUGGAUAUGGAGAACCUAGAUUUGAAACUUAGAUAAUUACUCGUACCAUGAAUCAAGUAAUGAUACGAAUAAAAUCAAUUACUAAAAUUGCAAUGAAUGUUAUUCCAUAUAGUGAAAAUAUCAAUUUCAAAAAAAUCUUCAAUUUCAUUACGUCUAAUGAAGCAGUUCAAAUUCAUAGUAAAGAUUAUUUUAUUUACAAACUAAGUCCUGUUAUUUCAAAAAAUUGUAACAAUAUCAUUGAUUUGCAUAAUGGUUCAUAACCCUAGAAUUUAGCUUCAGAGAUAAACAACUUAUUUUAAUCAGUAAAGAAAAUUGAAUUGCAUGAGAUAGAAUAGAAAGAGUCACCUUAAUAUGAAUAAAAAGGGGCUAAAUUAUCAUUAGGUUACUUAAUUCAUCAUAGUGUUACACAUGAUGGAUGCAAAUUGAACGAAAUACUGAAAAGGAAAUAAGAAAAUGCUCUAUUAAAGGGGUUAGAUCCUUUAAUGACAUACCUAAGAUUGGGAUUAGGCCAUUAUAAUAAAUAUUCUGCAGGACAUUAAUAUGUGUUAGAAAUUUGGCCAUUUAAACAUUAUUCAACGAUUCAUGAUCAUGCUGGAUAGUAUGGAAUAGUUAAAGUUUUAUAAGGAGAAAUUGAUGUAAAAAUUUAUGCAAUUUUAUCAAAUGCAAGGCAUUUGAUGAAUCCUAUAUUACAUCUAACAUGUAAUAAGAAUGAUAUGACAUGGGUUUCACCUAAACUAAAUUAGGUUCACUAACUUAAAAAUUUNUAUUCAAUCAGUGAUAUUCUAGUAAUGAUACUAUUUAAUCAAAUUUAUAAUUAUUUUUCAAUUAUUUAUUUUAGAUAGAUUCAAGUAGAUGUAAGAAGACACAAAUUAUACCUUAGAAACAAAUGAGAGUAGAACCGAAAUAAAAUUUGAACAAGAUGAGAAAAUUAUAGUUAUUGUAAUCAAUCCUUCAAAGAUUGAAUCACAAUUUUAAGAUUAUUUUUAAUAGAUGAAAAAAAUGGUUAUAAAGUACCUAGAUAUGAAUUAUAAUCCUUGUUUGGAAAUUAAGUAUUCUAGAAAAAAAUUAAAAAUUUCUUCUGGUUCAAUUAAAGAAAUGCACAAUGAUUAAAGAAUUGUGAUGUUUACAAAUUAAUUAGGACAGUUAAUGGAUACUUAAGGAAUAUGGACACAUGUGAAUAAAGCAAACUGCUCUUUGAAUAUUGGAUAUGGAGAACCUAGAUUUGAAACUUAGAUAAUUACUCGUACCAUGAAUCAAGUAAUGAUACGAAUAAAAUCAAUUACUAAAAUUGCAAUGAAUGUUAUUCCAUAUAGUGAAAAUAUCAAUUUCAAAAAAAUCUUCAAUUUCAUUACGUCUAAUGAAGCAGUUCAAAUUCAUAGUAAAGAUUAUUUUAUUUACAAACUAAGUCCUGUUAUUUCAAAAAAUUGUAACAAUAUCAUUGAUUUGCAUAAUGGUUCAUAACCCUAGAAUUUAGCUUCAGAGAUAAACAACUUAUUUUAAUCAGUAAAGAAAAUUGAAUUGCAUGAGAUAGAAUAGAAAGAGUCACCUUAAUAUGAAUAAAAAGGGGCUAAAUUAUCAUUAGGUUACUUAAUUCAUCAUAGUGUUACACAUGAUGGAUGCAAAUUGAACGAAAUACUGAAAAGGAAAUAAGAAAAUGCUCUAUUAAAGGGGUUAGAUCCUUUAAUGACAUACCUAAGAUUGGGAUUAGGCCAUUAUAAUAAAUAUUCUGCAGGACAUUAAUAUGUGUUAGAAAUUUGGCCAUUUAAACAUUAUUCAACGAUUCAUGAUCAUGCUGGAUAGUAUGGAAUAGUUAAAGUUUUAUAAGGAGAAAUUGAUGUAAAAAUUUAUGCAAUUUUAUCAAAUGCAAGGCAUUUGAUGAAUCCUAUAUUACAUCUAACAUGUAAUAAGAAUGAUAUGACAUGGGUUUCACCUAAACUAAAUUAGGUUCACUAACUUAAAAAUUUCUAUCCAUAAACAGCAAUUACAUUACAAUGUUAUAAAUACCCUAAACAAUCAUAAAACCAUAUCAGGGAGAUGGCAUUUGUUGCAAAAGAUCAAUAUCUAAAUUUUACCCCUUUAUCAGAUUUUUCAGAUAUAGAAUUGGAUAUUAUUUUUAGAGAAUUAGUUGAAGAGUAUUCUAAUUUUUAUAAAAUACAAUGA